AGAUGGAAGCGGAAGAGCAGCAGCGAGUGGCGGCUCUGGAGCGGUACAUGACCUCGCUGGCCGCCAUCAACCCGUCAUGGAGUGACCUGGAUAAACCUGAAGCCUCCGACAGUUUCAGCGAGCGACUUCAGCUGGAAUACUGUCCAACGAAGCGUCCUGAGGUCCUCCGAUCCUCUAGGAGUAUAUUCUCUUCUCCCGAGGAGCAGGACGAGAGGCGCCCGAGGGAGGUGGUUGAGAUCCACUCGAGUCCCGGCUUCGGGAGGUACCUGGUGGCAUCGCGGAACAUCGCAGCCGGCGAGGUUGUGUUCCGCGAGGCGCCCUUGGUGGUGGCCCCCAAGGCGGGUUCCGGCGCCUCCUGUCUGUCGUGUCUGAGGUCCCUGCAGGGCAGUGAGUGGGUUGGCUGCGAUCAGUGCGGCGCCCCUCUCUGCGGGCAAGACUGUGGGGGCGACGGACACAGCCAGGAGGAGUGCCGACUUCUGGUCCCUCUGGGCCUCAAAGAUCAGCCUCAAAACACAGUCCUCAUCAAACAGCUGAGCGUCCUCUUGACGCCCAUCAGGACGAUAUUGCUGAUGAAGGAGGUGCCGGCCGCCAAGGAGGUCAUUGCCGCCUUGCAGAGCCACGCUGAGGAGAGGCGCACGCUCCCCAUCGGCCGCUUCGUGGACGAGCAUGUCGCGAAGGUGCUGAGGACGCGCCUGAGCCUCCCCGUCGCCAGCGACAUCGUGCAACACUUGUGCGGCAUUUUCGACACCAACGCCUUUGAGUUCAGCGACGGCGACAUACGCGGCCGCGCCCUCCUGCCUGGCGGCGCCCUCAUGAACCACUCGUGCACGCCCAACACGCAGCACUGGUACAGGAACGGCGUCAUGACUGUGCGAGCCGUGGUGGACAUCCCCGAGGGCGCCCCCGUCACCAACACCUACACAAACACCCUCUGGGGCACCCGAGCUCGAGGCGCCCACCUCAGCACCUCGAAGCUCUUCACGUGCAGGUGCGAGCGGUGCCUUGACCCCACGGAGCUGGGGUCUCACAUAAGCUCCGUCCUGUGCCGGGGCUGCAGUGACGGCCUUCUGCCGCCUCCCUCGGACUGCCGCGCCGACUGGGAGUGCCAAGCCUGCGGGGAGAGUGUCUCUGCGAGCGCGAUAGAGACCCUGCUGCGUGCUGGAGGAGUGGCCCUUGGGCGCUUGCCGAUCGGAGACGCCGCUGCUGUUGCUGCUGCCCUCAGCCAGUUCCGUCGGGUCCUCGGGAACGCGCACUACAUAGUCGUGGAACUCAAGUAUGCACUCGUCCAAGCUCUUAUGGCGACCCCUCUUGAAGGUUUGACCGAAGAUGACCUGCUUAAAGUGUUGGAUUUGACCUCCGACCUCCUCCGGCUCGCUGACCUUUUAGAACCUGGUCUGUCUAGGUUCAGGGGUAUAUUGCUGUUGGAACGCUGUCGGGCAGGGGUUCAGCUAUUGCAGCGCCGCGGUGUGGCGAACUGCGACACUACGCCGGCGCUCACUGCAGGGGAAAAUCAACUAAACAGUUCUCAUUCAGUUCAUACAGUCCAAACUGUUGAGGACCUGUCGAGGCAGCUGGAGGAAUGCGCUUUCAUCCUCCAUUACGAUGCCCGCCAUGAUGACGUCAUCGAGGUGAAGCAACAGAUAAAGAGCUUAAAUUAGAUUAUACUGAUAGAGAUUAUAGAAAAAAAACAAUGCCUGGGUUGUACAAUGAAAUAGUAUAGUUGUUUUUUUUGUCUGAAGUCGGUGACAAUAGCUGAUUAUAGAUUUUUGCUUUGUUUAGUUAUAAUGUAUUUAGUACGAGAGAGAGAGAGAGAGAGAGAGAGAGAGAGAGAGAGAGAGAGAGAGAGAGAAUUAUAAUUAAUAGUAAUUAAAAAAAAUAAUAAUGAUAAAAACAACAACAAUAAUCAGCAGUGAUAAAGAGUAAUAGAAUAUAACAAACACGAAUUAACAAUUAACAAAACUUCAACCGAUUAGAAAAAAAAUACGCACGUGAAUCACCUAGCCUUGCAAUAUCAUUUAUUGAAAUUGAAUGAAGCGAAAUUAUGAAUGAAAAUGAUAAUAAUUCCCCAACGCAUUAACUUGAUCGUAAUUAACGUAAUUAUUAGUAAUGCUGGAAUGUGAAUUACAUUGGCCUUCGAAAUUAAUGAUCUUGAUUCAUAAACGUUCAACAUUUUUCACCAUGAAAACUAAAAAAAAAGAAGAAAAAAAAAGGAAAGCAAGUAAAGUUUUGUGUUUUAUAAGUUUUACCUUUUAUAAGGUUACCAAAUCAUGCAUGUAUAAUACCAAAUAUAAAUUACUGAAUUAACAGCAAAGAAAAUAUUAAAAGGGAAUGCGAAUUUCUACAUUGUAUCGAUAAUUAUAUGUUUAUAUAAGUUUUUGUUUGUGUAUUCAUUUUAGUAAUGUUAAAAAAGUAUCGCAUUUAGUUGUAAUAAUACUAGUAUGUUGUUAUAAUGAUAACACCUUUGCUUACAAUGUAAUAAUUGUAAUGACUGUGACACAUAUUCUAAUUAUAUUGAGAUUAUAGGUGUAGUGAUGA